UCCCUUCAACUGUUGUUACCCGUGUCCAUGCAGCACAGUGAGCUCUCGCACUGAGAGGAUCUUUAAAGCAUGGCAUUGCUGAAGAAACGGAAGCAUGACAAAAGUGACCAAGACAGUGAGUAUUUUCAGUGUUAUGGAGAUGUCUCAAUCCACGAGGAAAUGAUUGCAGAUACAGUGAGAACCAAUGCCUAUAAACAUGCCAUCUUACAUAGCAACGCCUGCCUCCGUGGGAAAACUGUCCUGGAUGUGGGUGCUGGCACGGGUAUCCUCAGUGUCUUCUGUGCACAAGCAGGAGCUAAGAAAGUGUAUGCCGUAGAAGCAAGCUCCAUGUCCCAGCUGGCCUGCAAUGUGGUGAAACAGAAUGGCAUGGAGGACAUAGUACAAGUCAUUAACAGCUCGGUGGAGAGUGCAGAGAUCCCUGAGAUGGUGGAUGCCAUAGUGAGUGAGUGGAUGGGGUACGCACUCAUGUAUGAGUCCAUGCUUAGUUCAGUUAUCUAUGCCCGCGACAAAUGGCUAAAACCGGGAGGUCUCAUCUUGCCCUCCUACGCUGAUAUAUUUAUAGUUCCUAUAAAUGACCCCACAGUGGAGAAUCGCUUGGACUUCUGGAGCGAGGUGAAGGGCAUGUACGGGGUUGACAUGUCCUGUAUGCGAUCUUUUGCCCGUACCUGCAUCAUGAACAAGGAGAUGGCGGUAAUCCCAGUAUCGCCUGAAGACGUCCUUUCGUUUCCUGUGAAAUUCGCCUCGCUUGAUCUCACCAGUGCUACAGUAGAAGACAUCGCUAAAAUCCACGGGUCAUUUAGAUUCAGCUGCUUUGGGUCUUCUUUGAUGCACGGUUUCGCUGUUUGGUUUUCCGUCACGUUUCCCGGGGAGAAAGCUGUAAAUUUAUCUACCUCUCCGUAUGGAGAAGAAACACAUUGGAAACAAACAUUGCUGUAUCUGGAUGAAGAAGUGCAAGUGCAGCAGGACACUGAAAUUAGUGGUGACAUCGCACUGGCACCUUCGGAAAGUAACCCUAGGCACCUACGCAUUGUCCUUAAGUAUGCAGUUGGAGGCAAUGUGUGCGGGACAAAGCAGUUUCAGAUGGGCAGCUAACACAGUAUAAUUUAACAUACAUAAUGUUUCUGAAUGCUUUUGGAAUAAAAUUACUUAAUUUCUA